CAAACCAAAAUUGACGUCCCACUGUUUCAGAGCUGUAGAACUUGUUUUGAUCAAUUUCCCUUGAUAAAACAGCGAGAUUCCUGCCACUGCGCCUCCUUCAUCCUCUCUCCACUGAAGCCUGGAGCCAUGAAAACCUUCUUCUUCAUGUUUGCUGCCACGAUUCUUCUUGGUCAGAUUUUCUCAGGUAAGCGGGAAAUCUUCACUGAUAUACGCUGUCUGAAAAUGGAUGGUCGCUGUGAAGUCGAAUGCCUUUCCUUUGAGGAUAAGAUUGGGGGCUGCAGAGCUGAACUGACACCAUUUUGCUGCAGAAAAAGAGUCAAUAAUUAA